ACACACACACCCCCACACACACUGAACAUCUUGAGUAGUUUAGAGGGAAUCCACUGCAACAUUACAGGAGAAAAAGCACGGGAGGCGCAUGUGUGUAGCCAGAAUAAAGCUGGUUCCUUUGGACUGACUGCCUGUAGCUGUUUGGAUGUUUCUUAGGAGAGAAGAAGAGAGCAUGAAGCUCUGCUAAAGGAGGACUGGAGGGACUCCCAGAGCAUGGCCAAGUCCAGCGUCUCCAUAGAAACGUCCCACUGAGCGACCAUGGCUGAGGCUAUCUGCUGCACCUUGGUGAACUGUAACUGUGACAGCUUUAAGCCCGGGAAAUUGAAGAGGAGACAGUGUGAGAGCUGCAAGCAUGGCUGGGUGGCCCACGCACUCAGCAAGCUGAAGGUACACCACAUGUUCCAGAGCAGCCAGGUGGAGAUUGUGCACUCCAAUGUGGUGUUCGAUAUUUGCAGCCUGAUGCUGUACGGCACCCAAGCCAUCCCCAUCCGGCUCAAGAUCCUCCUGGACCGUCUUUUCUCUGUCCUGAAACAGGAGGAGGUCAUCCAGAUCCUCAACGCACUGGACUGGACCCUGCAGGACUACAUCAGAGGAUAUGUGCUCCAGGAUGUCGCUGGAAAGGUGUUGGAUCGGUGGGCCAUCAUGACCUUUGAGGAGGAGAUUGCAACACUGCAGCAGUUUCUGCGUUUUGGUGAAACCAAAUCAAUCGUUGAGCUCAUGGCCUUACAGGACAAGGAGGGGCAGGCGGUGUUGGUUCCCAGCACCCGGACAAACUCGGACAUCCGCACCUUCAUCGAGCGAAACACUCCUCGCUCCACUGCCAACAUCUCCACAGCCAAGGUUGAAAAGAUUAGCGGCAACAGCAUUCAUCACUUUGAGAACUUCAUCAACAGCAUGGCCUUCAUGCUUCCAUUCCAGCUGUUGGGCUCUGUUCCUGCGCCAUUUUUAGGCUCACCACCAGGGGCGAUGCACCAUCAGAACCAGCAGCACCCGCAGCCAUGCGGUGCUUCAAUUGAGCAGCACACCCAAAGCAAAGAUGAAGCGAGGGACAAUCUUUGUAGGGACAACCCCCUCUACCUUUCAAAUCCUUCAGAGAGCAGCCUGCUUGGCUCCAACUCUGAUUUGGUUCAGGGAGGAGAAAGAACAAUGGACACACACACCACUACCACCAAGGUUGAAGCUGAGGAUUUCUCCACCAGUGACAACUACUCAGAUGGAUCCUCCACACCAUGCACACCCUCUAUAACGUCUGAUGUCACACAGAUGUCCCCAGAGGCGAAGCUGCGCUGCCUGGAUAGGAACAGAGGCAGCUCUGGAGGCAUCUCAGGGGGCGGAGCCUCUCUGAAGAAGGGCCGUGUGUUUUGCAACGCUUGUGAGAAAACAUUUUAUGACAAAGGUACGCUGAAAAUCCAUUACAAUGCUGUUCAUUUGAAGAUUAAACACAAGUGUACCAUUGAGGGCUGCAACAUGGUGUUCAGCUCGCUGCGCAGUCGCAACAGACACAGCGCCAACCCAAACCCCCGGCUACACAUGCCCAUGAACCGAAACAACAGAGACAAAGACUCACGGGGAAACUUGUCGGCAGAUGAAGGUUCACAAGGAGAAAAGAGAGCUGAAUUUAGCAAUAGGAUUUCAAUCUCCUCCUCAGAAAGCCAUAAGUCAGCACCCAGCUACAUGGUGAGCCAUGUAGACACUGCUACAAAGCUUCACAGCAGUUCUUUCUCCAGCAUGGGCCAGACCGGCAUCCUUUUCCCAAACCUGAAAACAGUACAGCCUGUCUUGCCUUUCUACCGAAGCCUGGUAACACCAGCAGAACUUGCCAACACCCCAGGGACUCUACCUUCUCUUCCCAUUUUAUCCUCUUCUGUACCUGUUAAACCCAUCACAGCACCUGAAGCCUGUAUAACGGACCCAAUACCAAAGAAAAAAUCACGCAAGUCAAGUAUGCCGAUAAAAAUAGAGAAGGAGAUGAUAGAGCAAGAUGAGCAUAUUGGUGAGGGAAGCUGCAGUGAGGAGGAGGUUUCUUUGCAGUGUAGGGACAAAGAUGACUGUGACAGCAACCAAGAGGAACAGUAUAUGUUUAAUAAAAAACAGGAGAAGCCGACUGAGGCAGUAAAUGAUAAUACAGACAAAGAAAAGGAAAGAGAUGGUAGUACUCAGAGAGACCAAACCUUAGCUAGAAACUCAGUUGAAAUGGACAAUAAACAUGACUCCACUGAGCAAAAUGAAACAAUCAUCACAGUUUCACCAUCUUCUUUAGAAAUGAGACUCCCGGGUAGCCACAAAAACUCAGCUGAUAAAGAAUCCCUCCGCAGUGAAGAAAGAGCUGACUCAGAACAUGGAGACCCAUUACACACACAUGACAGUGUCGCAGAGCAGCAAUGGGAUGAAGAAAGGCACCAGGUAACUAAUGGCGGCAGUCUCCUGUUAGACGAGAAAGGAGACCUUGAUAGGUGCUCAGAAGAUCAUGGGGUCUCAGGGUUGUCUCACCUAGACCCUGAUGCUAACCUUCAACACCACUGUGAGAUCUGCAGUAAAACCUUUAAGAAUCCGUACAGUGUCAAGAUCCACUACCAAAACAUCCACUUGAAGGAGAUGCACAUGUGCGUGGUGGAGGGCUGCAAUGCUGCCUUCCCAUCCCGCAGGAGCCGAGACAGACACAGCGCCAAUUUGAACCUGCAUCACAAGCUGCUGACCAAAGACUCACUGAGACCAGCCACCCCCCCCUGCUCGCCAUCAUCCCACUGCAGAGACCCUGAGGGCCUGGAGCCGUGCCACAACCAGCAGGACAAGGACCUGCUGCACCAAGACCCAAUUAGUCAGACCUCCGUCAUCUUCCGAGGACACAGCCGCAUGGGGCUGGUGUUUCCUAUGAGCAAGGCACCUGCUGCCCUCAGCAGCACGGAGACUUUAUCCACAGCAGAGAUGGAGGGGUUAGGGGGAGACUACGGAGGUGGAGAUGGGAAUGAAGGGGCAGUCCUCGACCUGAGCACCUCCGCUCUACCUCAGUCGUCCUGGGACUCAGACGGAGCUGAGAGUGAUGAACGGGAGGCGGGUGAAGAAGAUGAGGAGGUCCUCCCCACAGAGGAAAGCGAUGAAAGCUGCGAUGGGACGGGUUCUGGGAGGCCAGAGACCGAGGAGCUGGCCCCCGGCGGACACAGGAACCAAGGCUGUAGCAGGAGCGCACAGAACCGCCUCCAGGGGGCGGGCUCUCCCAUAACAUGCCACAUCUGCCGAAAGGUGUACAGCAACAAAGGGACGUUCAGAGCUCAUUACAAGACCGUCCAUCUACGACUUUUGCACAAGUGUAAGGUCCCUGGCUGUGAGACGUCCUUCUCUUCUGUGCGCAGCAGGAACAGACACAGUCAGAACCCCAACCUGCACAAGAACCUGUGUGUUGGCUCAGGAACAGCCUCCCCGCACGAGUAAACUGGCAGCAAACUGGGAAUGUUUCUCCUCAUUUUAUGGCGAGGGGAUGGAGGGAAGGCUCCCCCAUUAGCACUUUUUAAAUUAACAAAAUAUGAACCGUCUGUUUGGAGAAAUCAGGAGAAGAGAACGGAUUCAGUUAGAAGUUCCUUUAAAAAUUACAUUCCUGUGCGUGUUUCCUCCUAAAACCCUGAGUACAAUCAUUGUGCCAGACCCCUGUGUCUUUCAGGUCUCACCUCUAUGUGUCGUUUCCUUCAUCAGAGCUGUGUUUAAGAGGGCGUCAUUGUUUAAAGGUUGUAGUGUUGUGACCAUUUUUGCUGUUCGCUGAUAGAUCUGCGAGGUCUGUGCUCUAUCCUGCCAAAAUCAACCAAAGACUUCCCUCCCUUCCUUGGUGGGUGUUAAGCCCCUUCACAUGGUCGGAGGGAUAUGCAGUAUUCAGGGGCUCAACAGGGUCUUCUCAAAUAAAGUGUGGCCAUCGCUGUGAGACAGCAAAUCAUUGAAACUAAAGGCCAGCCGGGUGGCUGAGGCUUCCACCAGCUCUCUGUUGGUCUAGUAUGGGUUACGUUGGGCGGUGGGGUGAUUGAGCAGAUGAUCCGAAUGAAAAGCCAGAUGAACGUACUGUGAACGGGUCAAACACUGAAAAUCCAAACGGGGACCUGCAGCUGAUUAUCGGCCCCACAAAGACUAUAAACAAAGCCAACCGUGGAGCAAUCUUUUUACAAAUGGAUCUUCUGUGAAUAGUCGUUUGUUGUCUAAAGGAAGUCAGUAAAUGUAAGAUUUCAUCACUGGAAGCUGAAUAAAAAACAUGAACACUGUGUUGUUUUGCUGCAUCACACACUUUUGUAUUCUGUAUUUAAAAUUCAAAGGGCCAUUCUUCUCUUUAAAAAAAUGAGAGCAAAGCUGAUACUUGUUCAUAGAUAUUUCUUUGGAAUUAUUGUUACCAUGUUUGUUUUCAUUUAAAUAAAGAGCCAUAUGUUUGGAGGACUCCUAAUCUUUUCUAUCCAUCAGGUGCUAAUCAGCAUUCCUUGACGCACCGACAAAUGAACAAAACUGCAUCUUGGCUCACUGAGCACCAUGUU